GCAGUCUGUGCAGCACUGGGGGAAAAACCGGAAGCGGAAGUGUGAGUUGGUGAGCGGCAGGGAGUUUCACGCUGCUCGGAGUGAGCUGCCAGGUGGACUCGGACGGAGCCAAACUUCCUACCUGUGAUGUCACAGCGUGGGUGGUGCCUGCAGAUGUCGUCAUGCCGUACGUAGACCGACAGAAUCGCAUCUGCGGCUUCUUGGACAUUGAGGAGAUGGAGAACAGUGGCAAGUUUCUGCGCCGCUACUUCAUCCUUAGCACGGAACAGCGCAACCUGCUGUGGUAUAUGGACAACCCACAGAAUCUUCCGGAAGGAGCAGAAAAUGUAGGCUCUCUCAACCUCUCCUACAUCUCCAAGGUGAGCGAUGCCACCAAAACGAGGCCAAAGACUGAGUUCUGCUUUGUUAUAAACGCAGCAAUGAGGAAGUUCUACCUGCAGGCCAACGACCAACAAGACUUGGUGGAAUGGAUCGCUGCUCUCAACAAUGCCACCAAGAUAACUGUGCCAAAGGUCAGCGUAGCUAUGGCGGCAGACACCCAACAGGAAGUCCUGGGAGUCUCCUACAAGACUGAAAUCAUUGGAGGAGUGCCCAUCGUCACGGCUACUCAGGAACGGGGCGAGGGGCAGGAUGGGGUAGAGCGUGGAGGUUUGAGGCGGGGCCACAACCAGUCACCUUACUUCCUGUCCAGAGAAGCACAAGACCAGGCCGUCAUCAAGGCGGGGUACUGUGUCAAACAGGGAGCUGUGAUGAAAACAUGGAAGCGCAGGUACUUUAUCCUGGAUGAAAACGCUCUCAGCUACUUCAAGUCUGACUUGGACAGGGGGGCACUGCGAGUCAUCCAUCUAAAGGACAUUCUUAAAGUCCAGGAGUGCAAACAGAGUGAGCUGAUGAUGAGGGACAACCUGUUUGAGAUUAUCACCAGCUCCAGAACAUUCUACUUGCAGACUGACAGUCCAGAUGAAAUGCACAGCUGGAUUAAAGCACUCUCCGGCGCCAUCGUGGCACAGCGGGGACCCGGCCGCUCCAUCAACACGUUUCCAUCACAUAUUGUAAAAACUGGCAGAUGAUCACUAACGUCGGUUGUAAGAGGUGCUGUGGAACAAGAAUAUUGCUUCACAGUUACAGAUAAGUCCUCAUGUUCUUGUCAAUCAGGUGUGUGAGGGCUGUUUCGUGGCUCAAACAUGACACUGCAAGUGUUUUACUUCCUCUCUUCUUGGCCUCUCCACAUCUCACCGCAUGAUGGUUUCGUUAUCAAGGCACAUGAUCAUCCACCAAACAUGGUCAAGCAGUCAAUUGUGUUCUCACAUGCGUCUAACCGGGCGUUUGUCCUGUACAUGUAUGCAGAUAUACGCCAUUCUGCAGCAGCCAUUAUAACAUGUAUGUGAUCCUGUUACUUUUCACCCCGUACUCACGGCACUGUGCUGACAACUGGAUUGGACACAGCAGGCAUUAGUGUUUGUAGUGUGCGUGACGACUGAAUGUUGUUAACGCGUAGUAAUUGUUGCCUGCCGCCAUUGUCAUCUUCUGUGACUCGUCAUUAUGUUAUCAACUCGAUUUUGGCUCAGAGGACUCUACUGUGAUGUCAUCUUAACCUGGGUUCGAUCGAACCCUGGGGGUUUGGUGAGCCAACCUCAGGGGUUCGGUGGAGGUCAAGAUACACCUGACUCAUCGUGUAAAUAAAAACUUCUCCCUAUCGGCGUAUUAUGGCUACAGCAACAGUAGAAGUCACACUGAUUUUGAGGUGUGUAAUUUGUUGUGAGUCCAUGUUGGUUUUGUUCUUUAAACAAGGUGAUGUUCAUGCAUGGAUCAUUUUGUGCACCAGUUGAAAAAAUAUACAACUUUGUCUUGAAUUUGAAAAUGUAUAUAUAUUUUUUUUACACUAAGGAAGGGUUCAGUGAAUGUGCACAUGAAACUGGUGGGGUUUGGUACCUCCAACGAGGUUAAGAACCACUGCACUAAAGUAAAUCCCAGUAACAUUAGUCAUGAAUGAAUGCAGUCUUUCAUCAUCCAUCCUAGUACAUCUAACCUCCGCCAUCUUUCUUUCUU